CGAUCUAUCGUCAUGGGCAGACAACGUGAGAAGUUUGUAAAACCAGCCUGCUGCCUGCUUACUUCCUCGCCUGCAAUCCAGAGGCAGAUUUAACUCCUCGCCAAGGACAUUGCCAGUUCUGCACGGAUGUAGGCGAGUUUUAUGCUCUUCCCUGGGUUACUAUUACUCCUCGCACCGCCCGAAUCGAAUGGUACACAAAUUCGAGACGCUUGCAGCAAUACUCUGACGAACGCACACAUCGUCCUCCAAUACCCUGUUCCUUCCCCGCCCUGACGGCGCCGCCACAUGAAGCCCUUGCAACGCGCGCGAUAGACACACAUUCCGACCCCCCCGCCUGGGUUACGGCACCCCACCGUCAAGAUGCUGGAGGGCUUGGUCGCGGGGCUGUUGAACCGCUUCUUGGGCAUGUAUGUCAAGAACUUUGACCCAACACAGCUCAAGGUCGGCAUCUGGUCCGGAGAUGUCAAGCUCAGCAAUCUGGAGCUGCGUCGUGAGGCUCUCGACCAGCUUAAGCUCCCCAUCAACGUCGUGGAGGGGCACCUAGGGCACCUUACAUUGGUCAUCCCAUGGUCCAACCUCCGCGGCGCCCCUGUCAAGGUCUUCAUCGAGGAUGUCUUCCUGCUCGCGUCGCCCAAGGAGGAGGCCGAAUACAAUGAAGAGGAGGAGGAGCGCCGGAAGCAGAGGAUCAAGAUGGAAAAGCUCGACUCAGCUGAGCUGCUGAAGGAAAGAACGCAGAUGGGUCUCAGUCAGGAGGAGCAGAAACGCACCCAGAGCUUUACCGAGAGCCUCGUCACCAAAAUCGUCGACAAUCUGCAAGUCAGCGUCAAGAAUAUCCACAUCCGCUAUGAAGAUGCCAUCUCCGCGCCGGGCCAUCCAUUCGCGUUGGGCGUUACGCUUGAAGAGUUCAGCGCUGUCAGCACUGACGGGGAGUGGAAGCCAACAUUCAUCCAAGACUCCUCCAAGACCACGCACAAGCUGGCCACUUUGGAGUCUCUGGCGGUCUACUGGAACACGGAUACAAAGCUAAUGGGCCCCGGCCGAGAGGCGCGAACGCCGGGCGUCGAGGCCACCCCGCACGACGAAAUGCUGCAGAACCUCAAGUUCAUGAUCGCGAGAGGCGAAACUGCCGACUCUGCGGGUCAUCAGUUCAUUCUGAAGCCCGUUUCGGGCCAGGCAAAGCUCGAGCUCGACAAGACGGGGAGUCCACAAGUCCCUAAGUUCAAGGCUAACCUGCUCUUUGACGAGAUCGGCCUAGUGCUGGACGACCAGCAGUAUCGUGACGCUCUGAUGAUGGUUGACCUCUUCCACUACUUUAUCCGCCACCAGGAAUACAAGAAGUACCAGCCCAAGGGUGUCACGCCGAAGGAGGACCCGCGUGCCUGGCUGAGGUUUGCGGGCGAUGCCAUCCUGGGCAAGAUCCACGAGCGGAACCGCCGGUGGUCAUGGGACUACUUCCGAGAACGCAGAGAUGACAGGCUCCGCUACAUUGAGCUAUUCAAGAAGACAAAACAGAGCCAGCAAUUGACGCCGGAAGAGAGCGACGACCUGAACAGGUUAGAGUGGAAGCUCAGCUACGAGGAUCUCCGCUUCUGGCGCUCCCUGGCCCGCAACCAGCUCAAGAAAGAGAAUGCCGAAGCGCUCAAGAACCGCCCGCCACCGCAGCAGCAGCAUCAACAGCAGGGUUGGUUGUCCUGGGUGUGGGGCGCGAAACCGCAGCAGCAUGAGGUAAAGGACGAAACAGAGAACACUGAGAUGACAGAGGAGCAACGGAGAGAGCUCUACGAGGUUAUCGACUGGGAUGAGAAGACAGCGCUCGCUGCAGAGGUUGACGUGCCAAGAGACAGUGUCAAGAUGCAGAUCGAGACAUCCCUGAGCACCGGCAGCUUCACCCUCAAACAGGGCCCGCAGGGCGCCACCCGGGAACUCAUCAGCCUCCACUUCGAUGUCUUCAAGGCAAAGGGCCUCAAGCGGCCCGAUUCCUUCUUGGUCGACCUGAGCCUGGGCGGCCUUCGAGUCAAUGAUGGCACGACUCCAAGAAGCCUGUACAAGGAGAUCGUCAGAGUCAAGGACGCAUCAACAGGGAGCACACAAAAGCGACUGUCCAUCGUGGACCUCGAGAAGAUCAGCGACGAGGCCUUCUUCCAAUUCCAGCUGGAGCAAAACCCCCUGGAUGAGCAGGGUGAUAUUGCUGUGACUGCCAAACUGAGGCCUCUGGAGAUCAUCUGGAAUCCAAAUGUCGUCAUCGGCGUUGUGGACUUCUUCAGGCCCCCAGAGCGCCACAUGGAAUCCAUCAAUGCUCUCAUGGAGACAGCGAGCGCGACGGUUGAAGGCCUUCGUGAGCAGACAAGAGCCGGGCUGCAGUUCGCACUCGAGGAGCACAAGACCGUCAACGCCAAGUUGGACCUUCAGGCCCCUCUUAUCAUCGUCCCAGAAACCAUCGCGAGCGACAGGUCGCCAUGCCUGAUUCUCGAUGCGGGUCACAUCAGCGUCACAAGCGAGCUUGUUGACAAGGAGACCAGCAAGGACAUCCAGUCCAAGCAGUCGCAGGCAUACACCGACGAAGAUCUUAAACGGCUGGAGUCGCUGAUGUACGACCGUUUCCUCGUCAAGUUGACUUCGACCCAGCUUCUAAUUGGGCCGUCCGUGGAAGAAACUAAGCAACAGCUGGUGGAAAAGGACGAUAACGUCAUGUUCCAUGUCGUUGACAAGAUCAACGUCGACUUUGUUGUCGAGGCAUCGAUUCUCCCCCGAGCCCCGAAUCUCACCAAAUUCAGGAUAUCUGGACACAUGCCUGUUCUUCAUGCAAUUGCAUCCGAUUCCAAAUACAAGACAUUGAUGCGGAUUAUCGAUGCCGCCAUCCCCAAGCUUGACAGCGACGAGCAGUCGCGGCCCCCACAGCACGACACACCCACUAAGAGACCACGACUUGCGAGCAGCGCAUCGUCUCGGCCGAGGAGGGGCACCGAGGCUAGGCUAUCGUCGCAGUUCCUGUCAUUCCCAGCCCAGCAGGAGGCCAUCGUCAUCGAUGACGACCUCGAUGACGACGACGAUGACAGGUUCGAGGAUGCCAAGGAUGGCUCGUCCGACGAGCAGCUGAGGAUACAGCAGCGAAUUGUCGAGUUCAAGUUCACGGUGGACCAACUCAAGGGCUCUCUGUACCGCAGCGAUCCCGAUAGGAGAAGUCCCGACCAGCUGCUUGUGGAGCUCGUUGCCGAGCACUUCGGUGUCGAGUUCCAUCUCCGGCCGUAUGACAUGGGCGCCGAGGUUUCGCUAGGCUCGGUCACCAUGGAUGACUUCGUGGAGAACCCGCCGGCCGAGUUCAAGUCGAUCGUGUCUUCCGGUGAUGUCGACGAUCGCCGAGAGGCAAGAGAUCUCGUGCUGGUCAAGUUUGUGCGGGUCAAGAAAGAAUCGCCGGAGUUCAUGACCGUCUACGAAGGAAUUGAGACCAAUGUUGAUGUCGCCAUCUCUACCAUCAACUUGGUAGUGACGCGCAAAACGCUGCUCACACUUCUUGACUUUAUCCUCGUCACGUUCACUAACAACCAACCUUCCGAUGGAACGGCCCAAAAGGCCAUCUCGGACGACGAGUCCCAGGACGACGCCGAGGCGGAAGAGCAAUCCCCUUCUCCAGGCGAGCAGCCUGAAACCGGCGCCAUCAGAGUGAAGGUGGACCUCAAGAGUAUCCGUCUGAUCCUGAAUAACGACGGUAUCAGGCUGGCCACCUUGUCCUUCAACCAUGCCGAUGUUGGCGUCUUCAUCCUCGGCCGAUCGAUGCGGGUCUCGACAAAGCUCGGGGAUUUGAGCCUUGUGGACGACGUUAAUCUCGGUGUCUCGGAAGACUCCAGCCUGCGUCAGCUCGUUACGAUCCAAGGCAAGGAACUUGCUGACUUCCGCUACGAGACGUUUGAUCCUUCGAAGUUUGAGCAGUAUCCGGGCUAUGAUUCAUCCAUCUAUCUCCGAGCCGGCUCCGUCAAGGUGAACUUUGUCGAAGAGCCUUUCCGCAAGAUUGUGGCUUUCCUCGUCAAAUUCGGCAAAAUGCAGGCCAUUUACAAUGCCGCACGACAAGCCGCUGCCAACCAGGCCAACCAGUUUCAGCAGAGCCAGAACCGGAUCAAGUUCGACGUCAUCGUCAAGACUCCAAUCGUCGUUUUCCCCCGCGCGCUCGUCCCGGGGAGGCCGAAGCGGGAUGUCGUCACGGCGUAUCUCGGAGAGAUCUACGCCCAGAACAAGUUCGCGCCACUGGAUGACUCAAAGGACUCGGACAUAGCCAUGAAACUCUCAGCUGGCAUUCGCAACAUCAGACUGACUUCCAACUUCCAUUACACCGGUGACCGCGAGGAGGAGCUGGAACUCAUCGACCGUGUCGACCUGGGGUUCAAUAUCACAUAUGCCGAGCACAAGGACAACGUCAAGCGGCCAGAACUGGAGAUCCAAGGCUCCAUGACAGACUUCAACCUGCGCAUCACCCCGUACCAGCUCAGUGCACUCCUCGAGAUUUCUAGAUCAGCGCCGGCCGCCUUUGCCGGGGAUUCUGAGCAGCACACGGCCGAGGCUGAGCGGGAUGUUGACGGCGCCACUCUCCAACGUGCUAGAACCAUGCCCGGUUACGGCGGCGGAAACACGAACGAGAAGCUCAUCGACAUGAGCCCUGAACUCGGAACCCACGGGGAGGCCUGGACGAAAUUGGACCUCAUCUUCACCGUCAACGAGAUCGGCCUGGAGUUGAUCAACGCUCCAGAGGAUGCUCCUGUCGGUGACCUCGUUGCAGCCAGUCUGUCAAAGUUCAGCCUCAACUCCAGUCGUCUCAAGACACGGAUGGACUCCAACGGCAGCCUUGAGGCCGAGUUUGUCAUCCAGGCUUUAACUAUUUACGACACGCGGCAUCGCGAGACCAACAAAUUCCGACGCAUCAUGACGAGUAGCAACACAGACGUUGAGCAGCUUAUGGCUAGCAUCACCAUGUCCGGCGGCAAAGAGAGAAACGUCAUCACCGUGGUUGCGAUUGAUAGCCCCCGCUUCAUCUUUGCCCUGGAUUACGUCUUUGCUAUCCAGAAAUUCGUCACAGUCGGCACCCAGAUAAACGAGUCGGGAUUUCCUGAGAAGAGUCCGCUGGAGAGUCCGGAGGAGAUGAGCGAUAGCGAGUCUGUGCACGCCCAACUCUCUUCAAGGCGCUCCGGGAGCAGCAGCGGUCGGGCGACCCAGCCCAACAAUCAGCAGCAGGAGUCGAAGGCGGAUGAGCCAAGAAUGACAUUUGCGUAUCGGGUCAACGUAGUCGAUGCUCAAGUCAUCUUGAUCGCCAAUCCGCUGAGUGCGAGCUCGGAAGCGAUCGUCUUAGGAACGAAGCAGGUUGUUUUGUCGCAGCAGCACGCCCUUACCUUCACGAUUUCGCAGUGCGGAAUGUUUCUGUGCCGCAUGGAUCGCUUCGACGACACCCGACUGAGGAUCAUUGACGACUUCUCGGUGCAGGUAUCCAUGGACACUUCACAACCGUCAGUGACCAAAAUUCAUGCUGACAUUGAGCCCCUCAUCCUGCGUUUGUCGCUGCGAGACAUCCUUCUUGUUAUGCAGACCGUCGCCAAGGCCUCUGAGUUGUCAGGGGCCCAGUCUGUCGACGCGGUCGCAAAGGCGUCGGAUCGGAAGGCUAAGCAACUCAAGGCAGCCGGCUUGAAGCAGAGGACCGCGAGUGGCAAGGGAACGUCGACGGUGGCCGCGCGCACGAGGCGAACGAGCAAUAGCGCGGGAAGCGCCUUGCAGGUGGGAGGAGUCCCCCCGCCGCCUCACGAUAUUGUCAAGCCACCUGCGAGGCACGAGGAGCUCACUCUCACGGUGGACGGGGUCCGGGUUGUGCUUCUCGGUGACAUCCAUGAACUUCCCAUCCUCGACAUGAGCGUCAAGAACUUUACGGCCAAUGCCGAAAACUGGUCUUCUAAUUUGAAGGCCGAAACGGCGAUCGAGAUGUACACCAACGUCUACAACUUCGCCAAGUCCGCGUGGGAGCCUCUCAUCGAACCCUGGCAAGUCGGCUUCGGGGUGGCUCGAGAUCAGAGGACCGGCAUUCUGUCGGUUGACGUGUCGUCCAAGCGCAACUUCGACGUGACCAUCACAACUGCCAGCAUCGCCCUCUUCUCCAAAUCCUUCGCCUUCCUCUCUCAGGACCAAGAUGUGCUCUCCAAGCCUCGCGGUGUUGAGGCUCCCUACCGGCUUCGGAACUACACCGGCUUCGACGUUGUCCUCCAGGCAAAGAAACAAAGCAGCAAUGAACCCAUCUCCCUGCAUCUUGCCGAUGGAGAGGAGGUUCCAUGGAGCUUUGAGGACUGGGAGAAGAUGAGAGAGAGCCUGCUCACCGAGAGCAGCAGCGCGAACAGCGUGUCGGUCCAGCUCGAGGGCAGUGGCUUCGACAUGGUUAAGAACAUCCGGCUCACCCGAGAAGGCGAAUUCCUCUACGCGCUCAAGCCCAAGGCCGACCAAGUCUUGCACAAGUUGCUCGUUGAGAUCAAGCUCGGCACCGACAACGUCAAGUAUGUCACGCUGCGUAGCCCACUCCUGGUGGAGAACGAGACCGAUCUCCCGGUCGAGCUCGGCGUGUACGAUGCACGCGAAGGCCAUCUACUCAAGAUUGAGAAGAUUGCGCCUGGUGAGAGCCGGCCGGCUCCGGUCGGCGCCGCAUACCUGAAGAGCUUGCUCGUCCGCCCCGACCCCGGCUUUGGCUACGGGUGGAGCACCGACGUGCUGUGGUGGAAGGAUCUGCUGAAGCGGCCGACGAAGACCUUGGUCUGCAAAGGGGAAAACAGCGAGCCAUUCUACAUCCAGAUGUCGGCUCGGUGGGACAGAGCCAACCCCACGACGAGGAAUUAUCCGUACAUGCGAGUGAAGCUCUCCGCGCCCGUCACUCUGGAGAACCUAUUGCCGUAUGACUUCAAGUACCGGAUCUACGAUAAGAACACCAAAAGGGAUUGGUCAAACUUCCUGCGCAAGGGAGGUGUCAGCCCCGUGCAUGUCGUUGAGCUGUCCCACCUCCUGCUCUUGAGCGUCGACAUGCAAGACACCACGUUCAAGACAAGCGAGUUUGCCAUCAUCAACGCCGGCUCGACAGAGGACUUCAAGAAGGAAACCCACCUUGUGUGCAGAGACGACGCCGGAAUGGCUUUGAACCUCAGGCUGCACUACUUCCGAAUCCCGGACGGCGGCGGCGCGUUCAAGGUGAAGGUCUACAGCCCAUAUGUCGUCCUUAACAAGACCGGGUUGGACGUGAGUGUCCGCUACAAGGGCUUCAUGCAACACGCGAAGGCGGCGGCGGCAAGCCAGUCGCUCAUCGACCUCGGCGACGGAAACGAGGCCAAGGCACGGCCAAUGAUGUUCUCGUUCAACAGCGAUGACCACAGGAACCGAGCAGUUUUGAGGGCUGGUACUUCCGAGUGGAGCAAACCGCAAAGCUUCGACGCCAUCGGCAGCACCACCGAAGUAGUCCUCCAAACUGCGGGCAAGAACGCAGAGACUCACCUCGGCAUUACCGUGGAUUCAGGACGGGGCAAAUACAAGAUGAUCAAGACGGUGACUCUCGCUCCGAGAUAUGUGAUCCAGAACAAGCUCGGCGAGGACAUCAACAUCCGCGAACCAAGCUCCUCGAGCUUGAUGACGCUCAAGGCUGGGUCGUUGCAGCCGCUUCACUACCUCCAGAGAGGUGCAGUCAAGCAACUGUGCCUCUGCUACCCCGGCGUCGACAACCAGUGGACCGCCCCAUUCAACAUCUCGGACCUGGGCGUCACGCACCUCAAGAUUGCCAGGGCAGGCCAGCGUCAGAGACUUAUCCGGGUGGAGAUUCUGAUGGAAGAUGCUACCAUCUUCCUCAACCUCAGCAUGGAACAGAGAAACUGGCCAUUCUCCAUGCGCAACGAGAGCGACACCGAGUUCACCUUCUAUCAGGUCAACCCCACUAUCGAUGAGGAUGGAAUCGAGGACCGCUCGGGAUGGCGCCCGGUCCGGUACCGCCUCCCGCCACGGAGUAUCAUGCCGUAUGCGUGGGACUUCCCAGCUGCCAAGUACAAGGAAGUGUGCAUCAGCGCGUACAACAAGGAGCGGCAUGUGAAGCUAGCCGAGAUCGGAAACUUAAUGCCCAUGAAGUUCAUCGGCACAAACGGCCAGACCAAGAUCAUCGACAUCAACGUGACUGCUGACGGGCCAACGCAGACCCUCAUACUGUCCAAUUUCAAGCAGUCUAAGAGUCUGUACCGGCAGCGAUCCAAUGCAGGCUCGGCCAGCAGCCGCGAAGGCUUCGAAGCGAAAGAGCUUGACACACACACCACGUUCAGGGCGCAGCUGCGCCUGUCCGGGAUCGGCGUGUCGCUCAUCAACUCCCAGCUGAAAGAACUGGCCUACAUUACCUUCAGGGAUGUUCAGCUCCGGUACAGCGAUUCGCCCCUGUAUCAAACCGUGAGCCUGGCGGUGAAGUGGAUCCAGAUCGACAACCAGCUCUAUGGCGGCAUCUUCCCCAUGAUUCUCUACCCUAGCGUGGUUCCAAAGAGGGCCCAGGAGGUCGAGGCACAUCCAUCACUGCACGCCAUGGUGACCCGUGUCAAGGACGACUCGUACGGUGUCGAGUACAUCAAGUACGCCACUGUCCUUCUGCAGGAAAUGACGGUGGAGCUCGAUGAGGAUUUCAUCUACGCAGUCUUGGAGUUCUCCAAGAUUCCCGGUGCUUCUUGGUCGUCGACGGACGAGAAGGACAAGCUGUGUGACGACAACAUCGACAUACCGCAGCCGAAGCAGCAGCAGUCGGGUAGAGAUAUCUACUUCGAGGUCCUCAACAUCCAACCGAUGCAGCUGGACCUCUCGUUUGUUCGGACAGAGAGAGUCAACGUGGAGGACAAGACAUCGUCCAAGAACCCCGUCAUGUUCUUCUUCAAUGUCAUGACCAUGGCCCUGGGCAACAUCAACGAUGCGCCCGUGCGGUUCAACGCGCUGAUGCUCGAGAACGUGCGCGUCUCGAUCCCGGUCCUUAUCCAGAACAUCUCCAACCACUACAGCCAGGAAGCGCUGUACCAGAUUCACAAGAUCCUGGGCAGUGCCGACUUCCUCGGCAACCCAGUGGGGCUCUUCAACAACAUCAGCUCAGGCUUCGCCGACAUCUUCUACGAGCCGUACCAGGGUCUCAUCAUGUCCGACAAGCCCGAAGACUUCGGCCUCGGUCUCGCCCGCGGAGCAGGAUCCUUCUUCAAGAAGUCUGUCUACGGCUUCACCGACUCCAUCUCCAAAGUCACGGGCAGCUUCGCCAAGGGCCUCGCCGCGGCAACCAUGGACAAGCAAUUCCAGGACCGCCGGCGCAUCACGCGCGCCCGCAACCGGCCCAAGCACGCCCUCUUCGGCGUCACGGCCGGCGCCAACAGCCUCUUCACCUCGGUUGCCUCGGGCGUGGGCGGCCUGGCGCGCAAGCCGCUCGAGGGCGCCGAGCAGGAGGGCGCCCUGGGCUUCUUUAAGGGCAUCGGCAAGGGCGUGGUGGGACUCGCGACGAAGCCGGCCAUCGGCGUGCUCGACUUCGCCUCCAACGUCUCCGAGGGCGUCCGCAACACGACCACCGUCUUCGACGGCACCGAGCUCGACCGCGUCCGCCUACCGCGCUACAUCCCCGCCGACGGCGUCGUCCGCCCCUACAACCAGCGGGAGGCCCUCGGCCAGAGCUGGCUCAAGCAGGUCGACAACGGGAAGUAUUUUGACGAGCAGUACAUUGCGCACCUGGAGCUGCCCACCGAGGACAUGGUGGUCAUGGUGACGUAUGCGCGCAUCCUGCUGGUGCGCAGCAGGCGCCUGCAGACGGAGUGGGACGUCCCGCUCAAGGAUGUCCAGACCAUUGCCAAGGAGCGCACGGGGCUGAGCCUGACGCUGCGUGGCGGGACGAAUGGUCCGUUUAUACCCAUCGGUGAGGAGAGUGGGAGGACGUUUAUCUAUCGCAUGGUGGCGGUUGCGGUGGAUGAGUUUAAUCGGAGGUUUAAGGGGUUGGAGUAGGCGGUUCUGAGCCAGGUGUAGGGGAGCCUGGGGAGGAGGAGACGGGGGAGAGAAAGAUUGCGUGGAGAGAACCUGAAAGGGUCGAGGGUGGAGGAAGGUGACGAGAUAUAAUGCGUGAUACGGUCUGCAUGAUAUAACGUUAUGAUUGAGGAGGAACGCUGAAGCUUUCCAUUGAGUUUGUUUUGUUUGUUUUUGGUGCGGUCCAGUCUGCUGUGAUUUCGGCGUGGGCAAUGUAAUGGCGAAGCGUGGAAGAUGACGAUAUGCUCGAGUUAUUGUUGUUUGGUGAGAAAUGAAUUGAUUCAUUGUGGCGUAACAUUAUUUACGUCUUGGGAGACACCCAACCGAGGGCCGUAUGUCCGUGAUGCGCGUGAUCUGGAUUUCAUCCGCUCUGCGAGAGGCCUGAAAGUUGAAACAUGGAAUCGC